AAUGGAGAAGGCCGCAGCUAGGUUUACUUGCAGCAAUGACCUGCUGGUGGCAGCAGAGAGCCGCCAUCCUUGGCGUAAUGUUCCCAAUUAGACCGCAGAAGAAGCAGUACACGUGAGGACCAUCAUGUCUCCACCAGGAGGGAAGAUAAACAGACCCAAAACAGAACUGGGCAAGAAACUUUUCAAGCGGCGAAGAGUUCUGGGGCGAGAGAAGAAGAAGAAACAUCAGAUCGUUGGCGCCGUGGUGGACGAAGGCCUCACUACCAUCCAUCACCUGAGGAAGAGGAAUACUAGUCCAAGAGCCAACAUCACUUUGUCUGGAAAGAAGAAACGAAAGCUGCUCAAACAGCUGGAGCGCCUCCAAAAAGACAAGGCCAGAAUGGAAGUGCAACCUGCAAUUUCUCCACCAAAGAAGAAGAACACGUCAUGUGAUCCAGCCCAGAAGAAGACAAAAGGCGUUCAGGAUGCUGACAUGGCUGAUGUAGAAUAAGUGAUGUGGUUGGGGGUGACUUGGACUCCAAUGUGAUUGGCUUAACAUAGGAUAGUAAAUAAGUAUUAUGAAUACAUAUCUGGUGAACAUGAAUAUUUUAUAUUUAACACGUUCAAUGUUUUAAUAAUGUUGAGUGAACUAAUAUUUGAUGUAUUGCUAUAAAAAGAACAUGUAUAUGUUUUCAAGGUUUGUGUGACAUCAAAUUAUUUUUUUAAUUUUCACUUAUAUGAAAUUAAAAUAAAUAUUGAUAAUUGU